AUGUUAAAAGAAGCAACAGUCAAUUUUUUAACUCGUCUUCUCAAUUAUGUAUUUGCUAUACCUAUGUUAAUCUUAGGUAUGAUUGGAUCGAUUUUAAUUAUUAUGAUUUUUACUCAAAAACGUUCAUUUCGACAAAAUACGAGUAUGACAUAUUUAUUAGCGGGCGCCAUUGUAACAGGUAUUCAUUUGCCAACUAUCUAUAUCCAAAUGAUUCUUGUUUAUGGUUUCGGAGUUUCAUUAAUGAAUACAGAUGAAAAUGCUUGUCGUGAACAUACAUAUUUACGUUAUGUAACAACAGUUGCAGCUAUUUCAUUUCCGUGUUGGGCAAUUUUUGAUCAAUAUAUUAUUACUUCUCGAAAUGCGAUUAUUCGAAAUCGAUGGAGUUCACUUCGUCUUGUUCGUAUGAUCAUAGUUAGUAAUAUAAUCUUUUGGAUAUUGAUCUAUAUACCUGUUAUUUUUAAUACUGGAAUUAUCAAUGGUGUUUGCAAUUUUAAACCUGGACCAUAUACAACAUUCAAUACUUAUGUAUUUACACCUCUUGUUUAUGGUAUAGUUCCUGCUUUCGUAAUUACUUAUUGUACAACGGGUAUUGUACGAAAUCUUCGUGGAAAUCAUACCCAAGGUUCUGAUAAAAAAAUUACAAAUCAAGUCCGUGCAAUGCUUACUCCUCAACUUUUUAUUCUUGCUAUUUCUGGAAUACCAUUUGGUUUUCAAGGUAUCUAUCUUGAUUUAACUAAUGGUUAUGUUAAAGAUGCUUUUCGAAUUGCACUAGAGAAUUUUUUUGGUCAAGUUAUUUUGAUUUUUUAUCAUUUUAAUUAUGUAUUUACAUUUUAUAUUUAUGUUUAUAAAUCAAAAGAAAUUAGAAAAAUAUUAAAAAGUCAAUUUUUUAAAUAUACUCGAUUGAAUCAAGUUGGUACAUUUAAUUCAACUGAAGUUCGUAAAUGA